UCACUUGUGUCGGUGAAGAUAAUCCGACGAGGCUUAAUGUAGAGAAACUUCAGAAACGACGUGCGAUGAUUUUUUUUUUUCCUUCGGGCUCGAGAUCCAUAUCAAAGUGGAAGAAAAACAUUGAGGAAGUAGACGACUAUGAGGAAAUAAGUAUCUACUGAGUGGAGGGGACUGGAAGUCACCCCAGCCUUGAAGUCAAAAUGCCUCCGAUAGUGGUCUUACCCGAACUAGACGUGGCUAAAGAAGUCAGUGAGACUGACGGCCAUGUAGAGAUGGAUUUCCUGAUGCCUAAUGGGAUCUUCAUACCGUACAGAGUGGACUUCUACGACUCGGUAGAAAAUUUGAAACUGAAACUAUGGAAGGAGGCAGAAAACUAUCCACUGUUUAAGACUCUAAAGAGAAAGGAGAACUACUGUUUUGUCUACAUCAACCAACAGGGACAGAAGGAUGAGAUCAUGGAUGAAGACAUGUUACUGAACGAGUUUAAGAUAGCUGCCCGGUUCCUGAAACUGGUGGAGAAGCAAGCGGACAACACAACACAAAGUCUGACCAGGAGUACCAAUAGUCUGAUCGGCAUGAAAGGUCAGCAGUGCAUCGAUCAUCAAGCUCAGGUGUCCCCUGAUAUAACGGACUUUAGGCGGGCCAUGUCAGCAUACUGCAAAGAUAUCGUCAACCGCAGGAACCAAGACUUGUCUGGAUUUCUGAAGUUUCAGUAUAAACAUCCAGUUGGAAUCCUAAACCAUUCAAUAUUACCCGAACACAUUCAGAACCAGCUUAAAGGGGGAAUGGUGCUCAGUGUUCACAUAGAGGAAACGGGGGUUAUUUAUACCAUGAGGAUUGGGGCAGACAAAAUCCCGAACGAUUUAAUUGCCAUGACAUUGGAGAAAUGGAAGAACAACACCGGGAAUCAACAUCUCCGCCCCACGGACUACAUUCUGAAGGUCAUUGGUCUGGAGGAUUACCUCUACGGGGAAUACCAACUCAGGAACUUCAAGUAUAUAUUUCGGUGUCUCCUGAGAAACACUGCUCCUGCCCUGUGGCUCAGACUUAAGAGCAAAGUGAUGGAGGUAGCGGCUGACUCUAGGGCUGCCUCUGCCCGCUCCCACCCGGAGAGGCCGGGCAAGCCCAGUGUGAAGGGCAGGAACACCCUUACCUCCUGGGACAUCCAUGUCAACUUCAAACUGACCAUCAACAAAGUCUCCAAAAUCAUCGUCGACGACAACAGCAAGGUGAGGUUGUUUGUGGGGUUGUUUCAUGGCCCAGAGACUCUCAGACUGGAGCACACAAAAGAUGCCAUUGUUUACAACGGCGACGUCAGCUGGAAGAAAGAGGUGGAGUUUGAUAUUAAGGUGGAGGACAUCCCCCGUGAUUGCAGGCUGUGCUUUGCCCUCUAUAUCAAGAAAAAUAAGGAAUACUCAAUCCUGACCUGGGCCAACAUUCCGGUGUUUGAUUACAAAUGUCGUCUCCUGAAGGGGAACUACCGCCUCCACAUGUGGACUCGUGCCGAGCACAUGGAACACAUGGAGCUGUACGACUCCUGCAAUCCCAUUGGUACGGUGGCCAUGAACCCCAAGGUGGACCAUUCCACAAUCCUGGAAUUCAUGGUCCCAGACUUCAACGUUCAGUCCCACAUCAUGUAUCCCCAGAACGAGAAGGUUUUACAAUGUGCCAGUGAAAACAUGGAAGAGAAGGGAAAACCAGGCUCCCCGAACUGGCACCCUAGUAAGACCCACAUCAUCCAGUUUGAAGAAAUACUGAACGACGACAAAAGCGGGAUUCGCCAGUUGGCAGAGCAAGAGAAGAGUCUAAUCUGGAUGAUGCGCUACGAGAUCCGCGACAAGUAUGACUACGCGCUGCCACUUCUACUGAACGCCGUGAAGUGGGACAACCACAUCGAUGUUUCAAAGAUGAUGGCACUCCUUCAGUCCUGGCGUCCGAUAGAACUACAGCAUGCCCUGGCUCUACUCGACUUCCAUUACACAGACACGAAUGUCAGGGAGUUCGCCUGUAAAUGUCUGGAGGAACUCAGUGACGACGACCUGUCUCAGUACAUGCUACAGUUGGUCCAGGCCCUGAAGUACGAGUCACAUCUCAUGUGCCCACUCAGUAAGUUCCUCCUGUCUCGAGCCUUGGAGAACCAACAUCUCGGACACCACCUCUACUGGCUGCUCAGGUCCGAGAUGCAUGAGAUAACUGUGACUGUUCGAUAUGGCCUAUUACUGGAAGCCUAUCUCAAGUCUUCCCAGGAGCAUCUCGCCAUUCUCAGCAAGCAACAGGAUGCUCUAGUCAAACUCAACGCUUUCAGCGAAAUUGCCAAAAACAUCAAUAAAAAACCACAGAAAGUUUCUGAGGAUGUCAAGAGGAUAAUGCAUCAGAAAGUAGAAGUGUUGUCUGGAUUAUACAGUCCACUCACCCCCCAGAUCUGUCUGAAGGAUCUACUCGUUGACAGAUGUAAAAUCAUGGACUCCAAAAAGCGCCCUCUGUGGUUGGAGUGGACCAAUGCCGACCCCAAAGGACCGAACAUCCUCAUCAUGUACAAAAACGGAGAUGAUCUUCGACAGGACAUGCUAACGCUGCAAAUUCUACAAAUAAUGGACAACAUUUGGAAAAAUGAAGGCCUUGAUCUCAGGAUGAACCCCUAUGGCUGUAUCGCCACUGGUCGGGAGGAAGGGAUGAUUGAAAUCGUGACAAACUCCAUGACCAUCUCUAAGAUACAGAGAUGGUACAAGAAAGGAGCCUUCGCCAAAGAAGCUCUGUACGAGUGGCUUAAGCACAAGAACCCCAAAGAGGAGAGCCUGUCUCAAGCUGUGGAGGAGUUCACCUUUUCCUGUGCAGGGUACGCCGUGGCGACCUACAUUCUAGGAAUCGGGGACAGACACAAUGACAACAUCAUGAUGAAGGAGUCGGGACAGCUUUUUCACAUUGACUUUGGCCAUUUUCUGGGUAACUUCAAGUCCAAGUUGAACAUAAAGAGGGAGAGAGUACCCUUCAUUCUGACCUCUCACUUUGAGUACGUCAUCAAGAGGGGAGAGAAGGACAAAGAGAACUUUGACAGAUUUCAGAGAAUUUGUGAACAAGCAUACAUGAUAAUCCGCUCCCAGGGGGCGCUGUUGAUCCGACUGUUUAUGAUGAUGUUGUCGGCAGGGAUUCCCCAGCUCACAAACGUCAGUGAUGUAGAUUAUCUCAAGGACACACUCGCCCUUGACCUCACGGAGGAAGAGGCCCGGAAGAAAUUCAUUGACAAACUGAAGGAGGCCAAGAACAAGAGCUGGUCCACCAGUGUCAACUGGGCCCUGCACAACAUGGCCCACUGAGGCAGGAAACACAAAAUGGCAGACUGAAACAACAGUGUAUUUUGAAAGUAGCAGUAUUCUACUUAUUGUUAAUGUUGAAAUCUAACUUGAUCAAAUGUUCCCAGCAAAAUUAAAUCUAACUUGAUCCAAUGUUCUUAGCAAAAUGAACUAAAUGUCAAAUUUUCUGACAGUAUACCAUCAACAACAUGCCAGGCAAUACCAUAUUGAAGAACUGAAGAUUUAUUAUUAUUUUUAGUUGCCGUACUGUUUUAAGAUUUCUUCAUCAUAUACAUGUACUAUGCAAUGAUACAUGGUGCUGUGUGAAUAACUUGAGAGUUUAGCUUUAACUGAAGUCUAUACUUUCUAGCAAAACAUUUUAAAGGCUGUUCAAAGAAUCACAAAUUUGAUUAUAAGUUUUCAGCAAAUAUCAUUCAAUGAUUUUCAGAUCAGUAUUCUCAAUGUGGCUGAAAUGUGAACAAACCAGUGAUGUGCAAUAUGUAGUGAUGUUAGACAUGAUUAUUUUUGAUAUUGUAUGGUAUUAUUGUAAUUAUAUUUACAUGUAGUUUCUUGUACACUAGUCAAUGUCUCCAGCUUUGUGGCUUAGUUACUGAUAUUUCAGUCAAUGAUAAGCCAGAUGAGCAAUGAUUUAUUCCAGCUGGUCAUCAUACAAAUGUCUGAUAAAAUCAAUUUCUGCAGUAUAGCUUCCCCCUUUCUCACCGAUAGUGAUCAUCAGUGGUAUGAACAAAUUAUAGAUUGCUCCUGUAAUGUGAAAUCCCAACUGGCAAGUACGACAUCAGUGCCUUAAGAGGCAGGUAGUCAUCAAGUAAACGAAACGUUUCAUGAUUUGUCUACUGUUAUGGUCAUCGGACUAACUCCCCAUUUCCUGACUUAUUUUAUUGUUAAAGUCAUCUCAGUAUUUCCUGUGCAGCAGAUUUCGUUUAGUUAUCAUCACUAUCUAUGUACAUGUUAAUGAGACUACAUUCAUGAUAUUUGACGAUUUUGUCUUUCCAUAUUUACUUCAAAAAACUUUUCACUCAAACCUUUGUGCCAUAAUUGAGCAAAUCACAUUCCAUUUUAAUGUCUUUGUAAUAAGUCACAUUCCGUUAUGUGUUAGUAUCUUUGCAACAACAAAUCACAUUGUACUAUGUGUUAGUAUCUUAGUAACCAAUCACAUUCUGUUAUCUGUUAGUAUCUUAACCAAUCACAUUCCAUUAUGAGUUAGUAUCUUAACCAAUCAUAUUCCUUUUUGUGUCAGUGUCGCUAUAUAUGAUCUCUACAAUUUCCACUUUCAAAAAAAAAUUUUCCAAACAUUACCAGUACUAUGUACAUAUGAACUCAUUCUGUUUGAAUUUUUGUGGCUCUUCCAUCUUUACUUAUCUCUCUGGGUCUUAAAUAGUUUGAUCUCGACCAUUUUGACACAAAAAAAUUUUAUGAUAAUUAUUUUUAUUUUCUCUGGUUUUGUAAUUUUCUGUUUGAGUGUGUUAUAUUGUUUUCCUUGCCAAGCCUACAUUCCAGACGACCUUGUGAGUCCUUGCCCAGUGAGUCUUAUUCAUUGAAGGCAGCAGAUGCCAAACCAGAGAACACACUGUGUUGGGGUCCAUUUUAGAUAUUGGAAUUUUAAUUGAUAAAUUUUAAAAUGAUUAACAGUAGUAGAAAUGUACAUGUAAUUAUAUUGUGCACUUUUAUUUAAACAUUAUGUUGUUAUAUCAUGAAUUUUUAUGUGGUUUAAUCAUGAUCGGUUUAAUUAAGAAAGAGUAUUUGGUUUGUGUGUGAUUAGAUUUCUUGGUUCAUCAAAUGUGAGGAAUUAAGUUUUGUAGCUGUUAGAUAUUUUGUUUAAAUAAUAUUGUAUUCAACAAGAUAUUUCCACAUGUGAUCCCUGGCCUAAGAAGGAAUGGUGGGCAAUAAAUGGCCACAUAGUGUACUAUUAAAUCAUCUUCCUUCUUUGCUAUGAAGUAAAUACAUUUACAAUAAAGUAACCUUGACCCCCAAGCCUUGUUACAAUGAAGUCUUCCUGGUAGCAGAUGCAGCAAGAGAUCCGCAUAGAUUAUUAAUCCCUAAAUAACAUCAAUAAUUUAACUGUAAUUCCAUCAUUUAUGUUUGAUGUAGCCGUUUUGAGUAAUCACCCGUCAAUGCAUUGUCAGUGGCCUGGUGCUGUUCUAGAGAUCUCGCUGUCAGUGCUUUAAAUAAUCUUGUAAAACAAUUCCACAAUCCUAUUGCUACUGUUUGCGCUGUAAUAAUCCUGUAGAUCAAUCCCACAAUCCUCUCGCUGGUGUCUGUGCUGUAAUAAUCUUGAAGAUCAAUUCCACAAUUCAAAAUCGUUUUGCUGCUUUUAUGUAAUACCACAUGAAAUGAUUUUUAAAUGCUCCAGAAAACAUUCCAUUUUUAGACCAAUAUGUUUCAUGUUUUAUAAUAACAUUCCAGAACAGAAUGCCUUAAUUAUUUAUUUUUUUCCCAGGUGAGACCCUUGGGUGACAUUUUGUAUUGAGGGGCCCCAUACCUGGUAUUGAGUUGCUUAUAACUAUGGGUACCUAGACACUGAGGACUGCAUUGGUGUAAGAGCUAUAACCUUGGUAACCCCCACUCUACCCCACCCCAGGGUCUGUGCCUGAUAUUUUGUACCACCAAUCAUGUUAAUAUAUACAUGCACUUUUAUUUAACAAUUUCAUCAUUGUCAUUUUUUUAUUCUUUGUUAAAGGUGCAGUUCAUAGUUCAUAAUUUGUUGAAAUAAAAAAGAACUUUAUAUUAUCAAAUUGA